AUGGCCGAAAAGAAAAUGUCAAAGAUCAGUAGCAUAACAUUGUCCGGGGCUUGCAUGCAUGUCUACAGAGCAUCAAAUUUACAUCGCAAAAUGUGGCAUAAAUUGACCAAACAUCUAGAAAGUGUGAAGAAGCAACUAAAGAAACAGCGUUGA